CGCUGUCAGUUCUGCUCGGCACAGAGCCGCAGGGCAGCCGGGUACCCAGAGACAGACAGACAGACAGACAGCCCAGCAACCUCAGCCCACUGCCUCGCCAUGGGGCUCACUCUCCUGGCCCCGCUCGCCAUGGGGCUCCUGGCCCUGACCUGCUGGGCUGCACCACUCCACUCCAAGCCCCAGGCUGUGAUCACUUUCCCGGGGGAGCUGGUCAGCAAUCGGACGGAUCUGCAGCUUGCAGAAAGCUACCUGCUGCGCUUCGGCUACAUGGCGUCCGAGGGGCAGACCCGCAGCAGGCAGCUGUCCAUGGGCAAGGCACUCCGGAGGAUGCAGAAGAAGCUGGGGCUGGAGGAGACGGGGGAGCUGGACGCCAGCACGAUGGAGGCCAUGCGAGCACCUCGCUGCGGCGUCCCCGACGUGGGCAGCUUCCUCACCUUCGAAGGAGACCUCAAGUGGGAUCACAAUGACCUCACUUACCGGGUAAUAAACUACUCCCCAGACCUGGACGCCUCUGUGAUAGACGAUGCCUUCGCACGGGCCUUCAAGGUGUGGAGUGACGUGACCCCGCUCACCUUCACCCGGCUGCAGAGCGGCGAGGCCGAUAUCAUGAUCCAGUUUGGCGCCCAGGAGCACGGUGACGGGUAUCCAUUUGACGGGAAGGACGGACUUCUGGCCCACGCUUUUCCCCCUGGCAAAGGGGUUCAGGGAGAUGCCCACUUCGAUGACGACGAGUUCUGGACGCUGGGAACAGGGAUAGUGGUGAAAACCAGCUACGGAAAUGCCAACGGGGCCGCCUGCCACUUCCCCUUCACCUUCGAGGGACAGUCCUACUCCACCUGCACCUCCGAGGGGCGCUCCGACGGGCUGCCCUGGUGCGCCACCACCGCCAACUAUGACACGGACAAGGUUUACGGCUUCUGCCCCAGCGAGCUUCUCUACACCUACGACGGCAACAGCGACGGUGCCAAGUGCGUCUUCCCCUUCAUCUUCGAGGGGAAGUCCUAUGAUGCCUGCACCACAGAAGGGCGCUCUGACGGCUACCGCUGGUGCGCCACCACCGCCAGCUUCGACCAGGACAAGAAAUACGGGUUCUGCCCCAACAGAGACACAGCUGUGAUUGGCGGGAACUCCCAGGGCGACCCGUGUGUGUUCCCAUUCACCUUCCUGGGCCAGACAUACAGCGCAUGCACCAGCGAGGGGCGGCAGGACGGAAAGCUCUGGUGUGCCACCACCAGCAACUACGACACCGACCACAAGUGGGGCUUCUGUCCCGACCAAGGUUACAGCCUCUUCCUGGUUGCUGCCCAUGAGUUUGGCCACUCUCUGGGCCUGGACCACUCGAGUGUCCGCGAGGCCUUGAUGUACCCCAUGUACAGCUACAUCAAGGACUUCCACCUGCACCCAGACGAUGUCAGCGGCAUCCAAUUCCUCUAUGGCCAGGGCUCUGGUCCUGCACCAACGACCCAGGCGCCAGACAUCCCUGACCAGGCAACCACAGCAGAGCCUGACACAGCCACGGAUGAUGACUAUCCCUUGCCAACUGAGCCCAGCCCUGUGGACCCCAGCAGUGAUGCCUGCAAAGUGAAUUCCUUCGACGCCAUCACCGAGAUCAACGGGGAGCUGCAUUUCUUCAAGGGCGGGAAUUUCUGGAAAAGCUCCGUAUCCCGGAAGGGGGCGAUUCAGGGCCCAUUCCGGAUCUCGGCCACAUGGCCAGCGCUCCCGGCCCUCAUCGACGCCGCCUUCCAGGACCUGCUCACCAAGAAGCUCUACUUCUUCUCGGGUCGGCGUUUCUGGGUGUACACGGGCAGCAGCGUGACGGGCCCCCGCGGGAUCGAGAAGCUGGGCAUCGGUAAGGAGGCAGAGCGGAUCUCAGGGGCCCUGCAGAGGGGGCGCGGCAAAGUGCUGCUCUUCAGUGGGGAGAAGUACUGGAGGCUGGACGUGAAAGUCCAGAAGGUGGACAAGGGCUACCCACGUCUCACUGAUGACACCUUUGCUGGCGUGCCCCUCAAUGCCCACGAUGUCUUCCUCUACCAAGGAAAGUACCACUUCUGCCAGGACCGUUUCUACUGGCGAAUGACCCCGCGCUACCAGGUGGAGCGGGUGGGCUACGUGAAAUACGACAUCCUGAACUGCCCGGAGCAGUAGGGCCCAGGUGGCUUCACCUGCACGAGAGCCAACUGGCGCCUCUCCGCGCCAGCGGCUCGUUCAUCCCUGCACCAGAGCCGGACAGCGCCUCUCCCCGCCAGCGGCUCGUUCAUCCCUGCGCCAGAGCCGGACAGCGCCUCUCCCCGCCAGCGGCUCGUUCAUCCCUGCACCAGAACCGGCCCGGCAUGGGCCAGCACCUCUCCCCACCAGCCGCUCGUUCAUCCUUGCACCAGAGCCGGCCGGCACCUCUCCGCGCCAGUCGCUCUUUCAUUCCUGCAGACUCUUGGUUUUUGUUGUUUCGUUCCGUGUGGCAGCCCCAGGCCGUCAGGGGAAGUGGAGGAGUUGGCACGUGGAAUCUCUGCCUAGGGCCUGCCUUCCAGCCCCAGGUGGGUCCAGGGAGGGACGGGCCCUGCUUUCCAGAGACUCUGGGCAGCAGCUCUAAUGGGACAGGGCAAACGAGAUCUAGAGGCGACAGCCUCUGGGAGCUGUAAUAUCCUGGUCCCUCAGCGCCAGCUGCAUCCUGGGUGGGGUGGGAGGAACAGGAUGCUUUAGCUAAAGGCUCUUGUCCCUGGCCCGGGUCUCUGCGGGUGGCGGCCCCCGCCUGCGUGUGCUGCACGGAUUGGUUUGCCUGGUGCAAACUGCUCAGAGAUUUGUAAGCGACUUUGUCUUUUUCCGAAGUUGAUUAAGUCCGUGUCUGUCUGUCUGGGUUUGCUCAGGAGCUGGUGUCCGCGCACUAGGGGCCUGGCAGGUGCCACCGGCCUCAGUGGGCGCAGGGAGUGCUGGGCACGGCCCUCGCUCUCUCUCCUGCUGCCAUUUUUGUACCGUGCAAAUUUUUAAUAAAGAGAAUCCUGGAGAAACA